ACAUGCUAGUGUUAAUUGCGGACGGGCACCGGACCGGCCGCCCCGUGUGUUGUUCGAAUAAUGCUAAAUGUUUACAAAACAAUAUCGAAUACGUGCAGUACUCCGCGGCUGUGUGGCCACCCCCUGUUUAGAUAUCGGUAUAUAAUAUUAAUGUAGAUUGCAAUGGGCAAAUUUGCAGUGAGCGGCGCGUCCACCAUAUGGUUUUUAUUAAUAAGCACGCUGUUUAAAAAUGUGAUAAGUACUGGACUUGGGAAAUGUCCCGUUUACCCGCAGUUCCCUAACUUCGAUAUUAGAAGAAUGACGGGCAUAUGGUAUGAAGUGGAGCGAUCUUUCUACCUAGUGGAAUUGUCAGCCAGUUGCACGGAGCUGAACGUCACGCUCGGCGACAGAGGAUACCUGUUCAUCACUAUAAACACGGUUAAUAGAUGGUUAGGUAACCCAUCAACAACCUACGGCAUCGGCAUCCCCAGCUUCAACGGCUCAUCGGUGUUCCGGUACAAGGUGAACAACCGCAUGCCAUACGUGAUCGGGCGGCUGUUGCCCGGCGCCGGGCAAUACAACGUGCUCUUCACAGAUUACGACCAAUUCGCACUUAUAUGGUCUUGCAGCAGUGUCAGCAUCGCACAUGCUGAUCGCAUAUGGAUACUGGGCCGUCACCGCGAGAUCGAGGCGGCGUUGCGAGCAAAGAUCUAUGCGAUUAUGCUGGAGCACAAACUCGACCCCGACCGGCUCGUCAUAUCCAAGAAUAACAACUGUACACAAAGAUAUUCGGAUACAAUAAAUUAGUUAUGCAUCUAUUGAUCAAA